AUGCUAAAAGUAUAUCUUGUUUUAAUAAUUUGUUUUUAUCGUAUUUAUACUUAUCCAAAAAAUUAUUGUGAAAUAUGCCCAAACCAUACACUUUGCAUGUACGAGGCUUCAGGUCCAAGUUCCACAUGCUUUGGAUAUGACAAAAAAGCAUUACUAACAAAGAAUGAUAUAAAAGGAAUAGUUGAUCAAAUUAAUCAUCGAAGAAAUUUCAUUGCAUUGGGUCAUUCAAAUUUCUUGCCCGGAGCUGCAAAUAUGAAAAAGAUUAUUUGGUCUCAAGAAUUAGCAACAUAUGCUCAGCGAUGGGUAGACCAAUGUGACCCAACAUUAAGGCCUGAAAAAGAAGAUCAAUGUCGUGAUUUAGAAAACAUGAAAGUUGGACAAAAUAUUGCUACGGUAACAGGACCAUCCCCGGGAAUCAAUGUGAAAAGUUUCGUUGAAAUGUGGUUCAUGCAAUCAUUGGACUAUAUCGGAGAAGUUACAUAUUACAAUGAAUCUCGAGAUAAUAAGAGUAAUCAAUUUACGCAACUAAUUUGGGCCAACAGUGAAAAAGUUGGAUGUGGAAAAGCUAAAUUUUACGUUAAAAAUCAUAAAAUAACAGUCGCAGAAAGACUAGUUUGUAACUUCGUGCCAGGGGGCAACAUUCAUGGAAAACCAGUUUAUAUUAUUGGAUACGCUACAACGCAAUGCUUAGACAAUAUGCACCCCGAUAUAUUUUUUCCUGGAUUAUGCAGUCGAGCAAAUGAAGUAUUUGAUAACAAAAAGAGUUAUUCAGGUAUAUCAUUAUCGGUGACAUCAAUAGCCAAUAGUUUACUUCGGAUUCGUAAUUUAUUUAAUGAUUCUGAGAAGCGGGAAAUUGAUCCCGUUUAUCAUAAUUUAAAGCACAUGAAAAAAACAUGCAACAACGAAUGUCCUCAAAUCCACAAACAAUCAAUCUCUACUAUUGUGCAGGAUAAUGCUUUCGAUGGAGUCAAACGCAGCCAUACUUUAGAUAACGAGAAUUUUUGGAUAAAUCACAGAAAUACAUCCCGAAAUUAUGUCAAUGACUUCCAGCAACAGGAUAAAGGACAUUCAAGAGUAUAUCACGGUCAUGACCAUAGAAACAAAUUUGAUUCAAUUCAUCCAGAAGCAUUAUUUAAAGAUUCUCGGAGAUUUGAGUACACUACUACUCUAUUAAAUUAUCGUAAAAACCAAGACUACAGAAAACAUAACAAAAAUAGUCAGUGUACUCGUAAUAUAGGAUCUACGAUUAUUAAUAAUUUUGCUACAGAAUGUAAUCCAUGUAAAAAAUUAAAAUGUACCAGAGGACAGAAAGUUAAUCCUCAGAUGACACAAGUUUGUAGAGAUCGCGAAUUUUGCACAACAGCUCCCACGUAUCCACAGGAUAAUUGUAGAUGUCAUAACUUUCAAACUACUUGCCCCACUACUAUUCGAUGUAACCAAAACACAAACAGCGAAUGUUUUAACUGUAAUUAUCCAGUUAAACGCUGCCCAAAUAUGCUUCGAACUAUAGGGGUUACAGUCAAUAAUAAUAUGGAAAAACAAGAAGAAAGCCAUUAUUUUGAAUUAUUUUCUAAUAUUGGGUUAAAAAAGUUUGGCCCAACAUUAACGACUGUGAAACAAGAAGUAAAAGUUCUUACUAAUGACAAUUUAAAAAUAUUAGAUAAAGAUCAUUUAAAUCUUUUUCAUAAAUCAAAAGAAAAUUACCCAAAUUACAGGCAGGUAAAUUAAUGAAUUAAAGUAUUUUAUUUGUAUUUUACUUUAUUUAAGUGUAUUUCUUAUUUUAGUGAAAUAAAGAGAAGUGUGUUCGAAGAUAAUACAAAAU